UUGGCGUAAGUGUGUAUGUGUGUAUGUGUGUGAUGGGGGCAGAUUAUUUAAAGGGACAUCUCUCUCUCUGGGCGAGUGACACUGCGUUCGACUUUACAGAGGAUAUAGCAGAGAUAUUCGGACCCAAAGACAGACAGAAGACAGGCUGUCAGAGACAAACGAUUCAAAAGAGCCUUUUUUUUUCUCUAAACCAUGGAGUUCCACUUCAUCCUGGCGGUUGCAGGUGUGGUGUUGUUAUUCAACCCAACAUUGUGCUCAGAUUCCGUCCCCUCCCCCAUCACGUGCCUGACCCGCGGUGCGGACCUGCUGGAGGACCUGCAGGUGGUGCUGUGUCCCCCCGGCUGCGCCCAGUGGAGGAUGUCUGUGUUCGGGACCGGGCCCUAUGCCUCCAUCUCCAACGUGUGUGGAGCCGCCAUCCACAGUGGGGCGGUGGGGGUCAGCGGGGGUCCGCUCCAGGUCAGCAGGGUGCUGGGGAGGCGGAGCUACAGGAGUUCCUACUCCAACGGCGUCCAAUCACAGGCCCUGUCUCUCUGGACUUCCUCCCUCAGCCUCACAAAACCAGUCCACAUACCCCUGGAGAUGUCCAGUAACACCAGCACUAUAAAACUGCCUACUAAGAAGCUUGCCCUCAAGAAGAAAGCCUUGAAGAAGCCAACGGUGAAGAAGACGAUUAAAGGAAACCCAGAGUGCCAGGUGGAGCUGGCGGUGGUGGUGGACAGCAGCAGGAACCUGGGCCAGCGGCGCUUCGGCCUCCAGAAGAACUUCCUCAGCAAGCUGGUGACGGUGCUGAAGGUCGGACCCUCGGGACCCCACGUGGGCCUGGUGCAGACCGGGGACACUCCCAGGACAGAGGUCUAUCUUUCCAACUCCACCAAGCAGCUCAUGCUGGCGAUCAAAGAACUGCCGUACCUGGGGGGCGACACCAACACAGGGAAGGCCAUGCAGCACGCGGCGGAGGGCUUCUUCCUGGCGGAGUGGGGGGCGCGCAGGGGCCACCCCCGCGUGAUGCUGGUGCUGCUGGACGGCUGGCCCUCGGACGACCUGGAGCAGGCAGCCGGCCUGGCCCGCGACUCGGGCAUCAACGUCUUCCUGCUGUCGGUGGCCAAGCCCACCCCCGAGGAGCUGCCCCAGGUCCACGACCUGGACUACGCCAAGAAGGCGGUGUGUAAGGACAACGGGUUCUUCAGCCUGUCGGUGCCCAGCUGGUUCUCCACCACCAAACACGUGCGCUCGCUGAGCCAGAAGAUCUGCUCCCCCGAUGCCCUCCAAUGCAGUCGGACGUGUCUGAACUCGGUCAACAUCGGCUUCCUGAUUGACGGCUCCUCCAGCGUCGGCGAAGUUAACUUCCGCCUGGUGCUCGACUUCCUGACCGCCAUCGCUCAGAGCUUCGACAUCUCUGACGUGGGCUCACGCAUCGGCGCGGUUCAGUACACCUACGAGCAGCGCAUAGAGUUCGGUCUGUCCGACUUCCUGUCCAAGGAGGAAGUGGUCGCAGGUCUGAGCAAAAUCCGAUACAUGAACGGCGGGACGGCGACCGGGCAGGCCAUCAACUACGUCACCAACAACCUCUUCAAGCCCUCAGUUCCCGGGAGGAACUUCCUCAUCAUCGUCACCGACGGCCAAUCAUACGAUGACAUCGGUGGCCCCGCCCAGAACGCUCAGAAGCACGGGAUCACGGUGUUGGCGGUGGGCACGGCCUGGGCGCCCAUGGAGGACCUGAAGGCGAUGGCGUCCCAGCCGCACGACCGCCACACCUACUUCAGCCGCGAGUUCAGCGGGCUGAAGGCCUUCUCCCAGGAGGUGGUCCGGGCCAUCUGCCAGGACUUCGGCUCUAACAACUGAACACUCACAUAGAGGGACACACACACAUAGAGGGACACGCACACACACAUAUAGAGAGGGACACACACACACACACAUAAAGAGGGACACACACACACACACACAUA